UAACACACGCACUGUACCGACCGYGACGGUGGUUUUAACAUCACACUCGACCUAACGCGUUAUACACGACACAAUUCAUCUUGGUUUUCACAGCCAGGCUGACUGAAUUAUUACUUUUAUUGUUAUCAUAUUUUUUUUUUUUGUAACCAAAAAAUAAUAUAAUCGAUGGUGUUGUUUUCUCGUGGCGUCAAUACGGUGUGUACAUAUAAUAUAAUGUAUAGAACACAUUGUUAGAACCAGCCGGUAACCUUUAUAUAAACCAAGUCGUAUAAUAAUACAUGACAUUACAUUGUUUUUGCGUUUUCGAUACAUUUCUAUCGUCAAUAGGACUCCAUUGCGUACAAAAGUUUGUGACCUGAGUCUUAUCGGCUUGGCAACGGCAACCGGAGAACAUACAUACCAAAAAUUGUGAAGCCGGUAAACCACUGCGCCAUGGUGGAGGUACAGUCACAGACCACGAGUCCCAAGCUUAAAGUCAUUAGGAAGUGUACGGAAGUACCAAUAGCYAUCGGGUCACCCACGGCGUCGGAGAUGAGGCGUCGUCGGCGCCGACACUCACGUCUUAUGUCCAACGCCUCGUCAGUGGUGUCGGCCGCAGCCGUCGGCAUCCCGGUCUCCGAAAAACACAAGAUAUCCAACAACGAAGCACUUAUGCAUAUGGUAAAGGCAACCAUCGGUGGAGGUUUUCUGGCCAUGCCCGAAGCCUUUCAUAACAUCGGCAUAGUGAUGGGCAUCGUGGGCACCGUAAUACUAGGCAUUUCAGUAUUAAACAUGAUGUCGUGCAUAGUCAUGUGCUCGCAGACAUUGCGGUCCGGCAAAUAUGUUGACAUCAUCUUGGCCGAACAGAACGGUAAGAACGACGCGGUGGSCAAUGGAGAAGUUGAUGACAAAGAUGAUAGUAAGCUGCCACCAAAACGGCGGAACAGCAAUCAGUUAGUUCUGCCUCCAAUGGAUUAUCCUGACACUGUGGCCGCUGUGUUCAAGUAUCGUGCCUGUGGCCGGUUCGCUCAUCUUGCGUCAUUUGCCAGAAAAUUUACAAGUAUAUCCCUGGUGGUCACGUAUUACGGGGUGAACAUCAUAUAUGUGUGCAUCGUGUCAAGUACGUGUAAGCAGCUCGUCGACCAUUAUACCACUGACGCAGCUGUGGACUCGUGGGGUCAUUUGAUGCAUGGACUGUCCAUUCGUUGGUACCCGAUAUUUGUCUCGGUGUUAAUCAUCCCCGUGGGUAUGGUCCGGUUGAUCAAAUUCCUAGUCCCGUUCUCAGUGGCCGCCAACUUUUGCAUGCUUUCCGGCACUUUGGCUGUGUUUUACUUCAUUUUAUUCGGUGACGACAGAUCGAAUCAACUCGCGCCCGAGGAACAAGCCAAGCUAAUCGUGUGGCCGGCCACCCGGUGGACGCUGUUCGCCGGCAGUUCCUUGUGCUCAUUGGAGGGCGUUGGAAUGCUGAUGCACAUCGAGAACGCGAUGAAGAGACCGCUGGAACUCACCGGACCACCUGCUUACACGCUGCACAAAUCCAUGCUGGUAAUCAUCGCUAUGAAUAGCGUGCUGGGCUUGUUCGGGUAUUUGCGUUACGGAGAUCAGUGCGCAGGUAGCAUAUCGCUUAAUCUCCCACAGGACAACCGUUUGUCAGAAGUCAUAAAACUUAUGAUCGCUUUGGGCAUCCUAUUGACGUAUGGACUUCAGCUGACCGUCACCGCUGACCUGGCGUGGCAGGGACUGCGUAACAAGCUCAUUAAAUCCAUGGGUGGAUCUACUGACAGCGACGAUGAAGUUAAAGAUGAUGAUUCUUCACCAAAGUUAAUGACUUACUACUAUAGCAUGCGGUUCAUCCUGAUAUUCGGCACCAUUGUGGUGGCCGUAGCCAUACCAGACAUUGGACCACUCGUAUCGCUCGUGGGUUCUGUCGGGUUCUCAACACUGGGCCUGAUAGUGCCCGUUUUAAUGGAAACUGUAUGGUACUGGUCUGACGAAAACGACGACGGUCAAGAACAAGACUGCUGGGACGUAACGACGGUGACGAUAUCGGGGACGACAGCUAUAGUGGCCGGUGGGUCAGCCACAAUGGCAGCUGUUGCAGCUGGUGGAGCAGAACGCAGGUCAUCGAAACGAGGUAAUUGCUGUCGCCGAMUCAUACGACACGUGAAGAACCUGAUACUUCUUCUGCUCGGCUUGAUAGCAUUGAUUGGUGGUGCAUUCUACAACAUUCGUGACAUCAUCGCUAGGGCUUCUGGAGAAUCAUUAAAACCUACCAUCUGACRGACAAAUUUGUCUUCUACGGAUGAUUUAAUAUUUAAAAAAAAAUUUUUGUUAUUAAAAAUAUACGGGUCUAAAUAUUAUAAACCAUAAUAACUACCGGUAAACAAGUACUAGAAUGGUUGAAGCACUGUGCCAUUAUAUUAUAGGAACUAAAUAUUUUAAGGCAAAAAGUCAAUAGGUAACACCUGCAACAGUUCACAGUUAUAAUUUUUGAUGAAGGUAUCUCUGCAUUUUCUAACAAUAUUACAAUAUCCAUCAAUAGGUAUGGAUUUUCCAAAUUUUACAUUAAUAGUAAUUGAAAAAGUUUGUUUACCGAGUUUUCCUGUUUACACGUUUCACUUACAACAGGAAUUGUUCUAUCUAUUAUUAAUGUAUAUUGUAUAUCAUAUAUAUAUAUAUGGACAUAAUAAUAUUUUUAUAUAAAUAUAUCCACAUAUUGUGUGUUUCAUUUAUUCAAAUAAUGAAUAUGAUUUAAACCUAUAUGAACAAAUUAUAGGUAAUCGUGCCUAAUUGUGUAUCGCUGUCCAAAGCUGCAUUUUUCGUGAAUAACCUUUUAUAUAAUAAAUUGUGCUAGUACAUAUAAAUGUUUGAAAAUUCCAAAAAUCAAUGUUAGAAUAAAUCUAUUAUCU